UCGAGGAACCGCCGGAGGCGGCGGCCGAGCCCCCGGCCGAGGAACCGCCGAAGGUGGUGGUCGAGGAAACGCCGGAGGCGGCGGUCGAGCCGCCCCCGGUCGAGGAAAUGCCGGAGGAGAAGGAGAAGGAAGCGGCGGCCGAGGAGGAGAAGGUGGAAGAGGAGAGGCCUGUGGAAUCGGAGGGGAGCCCUAUAACGGAUACGGGCGAGGAAAUGCUCACACCUACGACGGAGGAGGAUCUGGUGGAGUCGAGCGACGCGAGGGAGGAGGAGGAGGCGAGGGCGAGGCCGAGACCGGUCCCCGCCGAGAGGAAGGAGGAGAAGGUCGUCUCGCCGGAGAAGGUUAUGGUCCCGACGCCGGAGGUCCCAGCGUUGGAUACGCCGAGGCUGCCGAGGAUCCAGCUGCACACGAAAAUUCCACCGGAAAUGGCGAGGGAUUUGGAGGAGGCCCGUAUGCACGUGAACGUGCAGAUGCAAACGUCGAACACGAUCCUGACCCAAAUUUUGUCCGAGUUCCAAACGGGGACCCAAAAACGGCAGCUGAUGAUGAGCAUCAAGCUGCACUCGGACAUAGACGACGACGACGACGACGACGACGAGGACGAGGAAGACUUCGAUAUCGAAGUAAGGGAGAAUGGACCGGAGCUGCCCGUUCGAAGACAGCUGUUCAUAGAUGACGACGACGACGACGAUGACGAUUUUGAAGAAGAGCGAUCUCUUCCUAUCGAGCAGCGACAACAGAGGUUAGUUCGUAAAGGGUCGUGCAACUUCUUCGAGGGGAAGAUAUUCGGGACGCAGGGUAGCAAAGCAUUUUUGGAUCGUUAG